AGAAAAAAAGCACAGAGCGAGAACAGAACCGAGUACAGAGGACUGAACCGGACAGUGUGUGUGUGUGAGUGUGUUUAUAUCUCCAGUGUGUGUGUGUGUGUGUGUGAAGGAUUUAAACUGUAUGAAGAUUGACUGGAACACACACUGAAGCGGAGAGCAGUGACAGGUCCAGAGAGGAGGCACGAGCAGCGAGAAGCCGCGGUAAGAUGGCUGUCUCCACUCAGCUGGGCUUGCUGCUGUGGAAGAACUUCACCUACCGACGGAGACAGACCAUCCAGCUGCUGAUUGAGAUCGUCUGGCCUCUCUUCAUCUUUUUCAUUUUGAUAUCCGUGCGACUCCACUAUCCUCCGUAUGAACAGCAUGAAUGCCACUUUCCCAACAAGGCCAUGCCAUCAGCGGGCACGUUGCCCUGGGUACAGGGAAUCAUCUGCAAUGCCAACAACCCCUGCUUCCGGUACCCCACUCCGGGAGAGACUCCUGGUGUGGUGGGCAACUUUAACGACUCCAUAAUCUCCCGGCUGUUCACCGACGCCAAGAAAAUCCUCAUCUACAGCCAAAACGAUAAGAGUUUUGAGGGAUACAAGGGACUCGUCCGAGCUCUCAGGAAACUACAGAGCAACACUGCAGGUUUUAAGUUGAAGGACUUCCUCCGUGAUAAUGAAACCCUGUCUGAGUUCCUGGAGCAGAACGCAACGCUGAGCAAACACGCUGUGCAGCAGAUCGUGGAGGCCGACGUCAACCUGGAAAAAGUGCUGAUUAAAGGCUUCGGAGUGCACCUGAGAGAUCUGUGCAACACGACGUCGCUGGAGGAGUUUGUGAGCAUCGCCGAUCACAACGUCUCCGAGAUGACGCAGAAAAUCAUCUGUCAGUCACCUGCUGAUUGGCUGAACAGCGCAGAGAGCCACUUCCUGUCCAACCUUGACUUCCUGAAACCCAUACGGAAGGACGUCAGAUCCAACCCUAAAGUCGUCCAGGACGUGUCCCUGGCCACUGAUAUGCUUCUGGAGAGUCUGGGAUCGUUGGCUGUUGAGCUGGUGAGCAUGAAAAGUUGGCGUGACAUGCGGAAUGAGAUCCUGUUCCUGACCGGGAAUGCCACACACUCGCCCAAUCAUGUGUACCAAGCCGUGUCACGCAUUGUGUGUGGACAUCCGGAGGGCGGCGGCCUGAAGAUCAAAUCUCUCAACUGGUACGAAGAUCACAACUACAAGGCCCUGUUCGGUAACCAUAACGACAGCGACAGCGAGCCCGUAUCCGUCUACGACAACACAUCCACUCCAUACUGUAACAACAUGAUGAGGACUUUGGAGUCGAGUCCGAUCUCGCGGAUGAUCUGGAGAGCGCUGAAGCCUCUGCUCAUGGGGAAGAUCUUAUACACACCUGAUACACCGGCCACACGCAGGAUUAUACACGAGGUGAAUAAGACGUUCCAGGAGCUAGGCGUGCUGCGGGAUUUAGGAGGAAUGUGGGAGGAGAUGAGGGUGAAAGUCUGGGACUUCAUGGAGAACAGUGAGGAAGUGGAUCUUGUCAGAACUCUGCUCCAGAAUAACGCCAGCGCUCAGUUCUUCAACGCCAGGCUGAAAGAAACGGACUGGCGAGUGGAGGACAUUUCACGGUUCUUGUCUAAAGCCUCUGAGGACACGCGCCCCUCAGGUACAGGGUACACCUGGAGAGACGUGUUUAACGAGACGGACCAGGCCAUUCUGACCAUCUCACGUUUCAUGGAGUGUGUGAACUUGGACAAGUUGGAGCCGGUGUCAACUGAGGAGCGUCUGGUGAAUAAAUCCAUGCGACUACUGGACAAUCGCAAGUUCUGGGCCGGGAUCGUGUUUCCGGACAUGCAGGCCGACUCCUCCGAGCUUCCUCCCAACGUCAGCUACAAGAUUCGCAUGGACAUCGACAAUGUGGAGCGUACCAAUAAGAUCAAGGAUGGAUAUUGGGACCCUGGCCCUCGUGCUGACCCGUUUGAGGAUCUGCGCUACAUCUGGGGGGGAUUUUCAUACCUACAGGAUGUUAUUGAACACGGGAUAAUCCGGGCUCUGACAGGCAGCAAGGAAAAAACUGGAGUUUACAUCCAGCAGAUGCCGUACCCAUGUUACGUGGACGAUAUUUUCUUGCGAGUGAUGAGUCGCUCGAUGCCGCUCUUCAUGACACUGGCCUGGAUGUACUCAGUGGCGAUCAUUAUUAAAGGCAUAGUGUACGAGAAAGAGGCGCGUCUGAAGGAGACCAUGAGGAUUAUGGGAUUGGAUAAUGGGAUUCUGUGGCUGAGCUGGUUCAUUAGCAGCCUGAUCCCACUGCUCAUCAGCGCCGCCCUGCUGGUCCUCAUCCUGAAGAUGGGGAAUCUUCUGCCCUACAGUGACCCGGGUGUGGUCUAUCUCUUCCUGGUCUCCUUCGCCAUCGUCACCAUCAUGCAAUGUUUCCUGAUCAGCACGCUGUUCUCUCGGGCCAAUCUGGCAGCCGCCUGUGGGGGCAUCAUCUACUUCACCCUGUACCUGCCCUACGUCCUGUGCGUGGCCUGGCAGGACUACGUCGGCUUCGGGGCCAAAGUGGUCGUGAGCCUGUUGUCUCCGGUGGCGUUCGGUUUUGGCUGUGAGUACUUUGCGCUGUUUGAGGAGCAGGGAGUGGGCAUUCAGUGGGAUAACCUGUUGUCCAGCCCCAUGCAGGAGGACAACUACAGCCUCACUACCUCCAUCUUGCUCAUGCUAAUAGAUGCUGUGCUGUAUGCCAUCAUGACAUGGUAUAUUGAGGCUGUCUUCCCAGGUCAAUAUGGCAUUCCCCGGCCGUGGUAUUUUCCCCUCACCAAAUCUUACUGGUGUGGAGAGAAAUGCGGCUGGACAACAGCUUCCUCCACCAACAAGAAAGAAAAUGCAGAAGCGGUGUGCAUUGAGGAGGUACCAGCUGAUCUGGAACCUGGUGUCUACAUUGAGAAUCUGGUGAAGGUGUACAGACAUGGCAACAAGCUGGCAGUAGAUGACCUCACUUUGGGCUUCUAUGAGGAUCAGAUCACCUCCUUCCUGGGCCACAAUGGAGCAGGAAAGACCACCACCAUGUCCAUUCUGACUGGACUGUUCCCUCCCACAUCUGGCACGGCUUACAUUAUGGGCAAAGACAUUCGUUCAGAUCUAAGCGCCAUCCGUCAGAACCUGGGAGUGUGUCCACAGCACAAUGUCCUGUUCAGCAUGUUGACGGUAGAAGAGCACAUCUGGUUCUAUGCUCGCCUGAAGGGCCUAUCAGAGGAGAAGGUGAAGUCUGAGAUGGACCAGAUCGUUACCGACUUAGGCCUCCCUCACAAACGCAAAUCUCGUACUAGUCAGCUUUCAGGAGGAAUGCAAAGGAAACUCUCUGUUGCUUUGGCAUUUGUCGGAGGUUCAAAGGUUGUGAUACUGGAUGAGCCCACAGCUGGGGUUGAUCCGUACGCUCGCAGGGGCAUCUGGGACCUGCUGCUCAAGUAUCGUCAAGGUCGAACCAUCAUCCUCUCCACCCAUCACAUGGACGAGGCUGACAUUUUGGGCGACCGCAUAGCCAUCAUCUCUCAUGGGAAGCUGUGUUGUGUGGGAUCCUCCCUCUUCCUGAAGACUCAGCUGGGCACUGGGUACUACCUAACUCUGGUCAAGAGGGAUUUCGACCCAUCUCUGAGUUCAUGUCGCAACUCCAGCAGCACCGUGUCCUAUUCCAAGAACAGUCUCAAGAAGGAUGACAGUGUCUCUGAAAGCAGCUCUGAUGCCGGCCUUGGAAGUGACCAUGAAAGUGAAACCACCACCAUUGACAUCUCCCUGAUCUCCAACGUCAUCUUCAAGCACGUUCCCUCAGCGAGACUGGUGGAGGAUCUGGGCCAUGAGAUCACCUAUGUGCUGCCUUAUGAAGCAGCGAAGGACGGUGCCUUUGUGGAGCUCUUCCACGAGAUUGAUGAUCGCCUCAUCGACCUCGGCAUCUCCAGCUAUGGAAUUUCAGACACCACGCUCGAGGAGAUCUUCCUGAAAGUUGCGGAUGAUAACGGAGUUGAUGCUGUAACCUCGGAUGGCACUAUUCUUCCAAGAAGGCACCGCCGGCACGCAUUUGGUGACCAUCAGAGCUGUCUGAAACCCUUCACUGAGGAUGACAGCUUUGACUUCAAUGAUUCGGAAGGUGAUCCAGAAUCCCGUGAGACGGAUUGGUUAGGAGUCUCUGAUGGAAAAGGCUCAUACCAGGUCAAAGGUUGGAGUCUGAAGAGACAGCAGUUUGUGGCUUUACUCUGGAAACGUUUCCUGUAUGCCCGUCGCUCUCGGAAAGGAUUCUUUGCUCAGAUUGUUCUUCCAGCUGUGUUCGUGUGCAUUGCCCUGGUCUUCAGUCUAAUAGUGCCACCUUUCGGAAAGUACCCAAGCCUGGAGCUGGAGCCCAGCAUGUAUGAGGAGCAGUACUCUUUCAUCAGUAAUGAUGCACCAGAGGAGAUGCACACUAACAAGCUACUCGGAGCGUUAACAGACAGUCCGGCCUACAGUGGGCGGUGUUCAGAGGAUGGGAUGCCUGGAGAUGGGUCAUGCUCAAUUAGAGAAAGUGAGUGGACGGUUCCUGAGAUUCCCAAGACCGUAUCGGACAUUUUUCAGACCGGAAACUGGACCAUGGAAAACCCAUCACCUCUCUGUGAGUGCAGCUGUGAGGAGAAGAAGAAGAUGCUGCCGGAGUGUCCACCAGGAGCAGGCGGCCUGCCACCACCACAGAUCAAAGUCAGCAGUACAGAAACAUUGCAGAAUCUAACUGGGAGGAAUAUUUCCGACUACCUGGUGAAAACCUAUGCACAGAUCAUUGGAAAGAGUUUGAAGAACAAACUCUGGGUGAAUGAGUUCAGAUACGGUGGAUUCUCAUUGGGCGCCAGAAGUUCACAAGGCCUGCCCCCUGCAGAUGAGAUCUCCAAGGCUAUCGCUCUUAUGCAUGCUCGUUUCAACUUGGAAAGGGGCACUGCAGCAGACAGGUUUCUGAGAGGUUUAUCGAGCUUCAUCGGUGGCCUGGACACCAAGAACAAUGUCAAGAUCUGGUUCAAUAAUAAAGGCUGGCACAGCAUCGCUGCUUUCCUCAAUGUGAUGAACAACGGUAUCCUGCGUGCCAGUCUGCCCACCGGUCUAAACCCCGCCAAAUUUGCUAUCAGAGCUUUUAACCACCCGCUGAACCUCACUAAAGAGCAGCUCUCUCAGGUGGCCUUGAUGACCACCUCAGUCGACGUUCUGGUCUCCAUCUGCGUCAUCUUCGCCAUGUCCUUCGUCCCGGCCAGCUUUGUUGUCUUCCUCAUUCAGGAGAGAGUGAAUAAAGCCAAGCACAUGCAGUUCAUCAGCGGAGUUCAGCCUUUCCUCUACUGGCUCGCAAACUUUGUGUGGGAUAUGUGUAACUACAUCGUCCCUGCAACCCUCGUCAUCAUCAUCUUCGUCUGCUUCCAGCAGGAGGCCUACGUGUCCUCCACCAACCUGCCUGUCCUCGCUCUCCUUUUACUCCUUUAUGGCUGGUCCAUAACUCCUCUGAUGUACCCAGCAUCGUUCUUCUUUAAGAUCCCCAGCACGGCCUACGUGGUCCUAACCAGCGUCAACAUCCUCAUUGGAAUCAACGGCAGCGUGUCCACCUUCGUCCUGGAGCUUUUUGGUGGCAAUGAGAUUGGUGGCAUCAAUGACAUUUUGAAAAAUGUCUUCCUGAUCUUCCCUCACUUCUGCCUGGGACGUGGGCUGAUCGAUAUGGUGAAGAACCAGGCCAUGGCUGAUGCUCUGGAGAGAUUCGGUGAGAAUCGGUUCCGUUCUCCUCUGGCAUGGGACAUGGUGGGGAAGAACCUCUUUGCUAUGGCAGUGGAAGGCGUGGUCUUCUUCUGCAUUACAGUGCUCAUACAGUAUCGCUUUUGCAUCAAGGCCAGAGGCAUUAGUGCUCAUCUGAAGCCGAUUAACGAGGAGGACGAGGACGUGGCCAGGGAGAGGCAAAGGAUUCUGGGUGGAGGUGGGCAGAGUGACAUCCUGGAGCUCAGACAGCUGACCAAGGUGUAUAAAAGGAAGCAGAAGCCAGCGGUGGACAGACUGUGUGUUGGAAUUCCACGUGGAGAGUGUUUUGGAUUGCUUGGUGUGAAUGGUGCUGGAAAAACAAGUACCUUCAAGAUGCUCACUGGAGAUUCAGUCAUCACGAGCGGAGAGGCUUAUUUAGCUGGCAAGAGCGUGCUGACGGAGAUCGAUGAGGUGCAUCAGAACAUGGGCUACUGUCCUCAGUUUGACGCCAUCAACGACCUGCUGACUGGCCGAGAGCACCUGGAGUUUUACGCCAUUCUACGUGGUGUGCCGGAAAAAGAAGUGUGUGAGGUGGCGGAGUGGGGAAUCCGUAAACUGGGUCUGGUGAAAUAUGUGGACAAAUCAGCAGGAAGCUACAGUGGAGGAAACAUGCGCAAACUCUCCACGGCCAUCGCACUGAUUGGAGGACCACCCGUGGUGUUCCUGGAUGAACCCACGACUGGUAUGGACCCCAAAGCACGACGCGCUCUGUGGAACUGUAUCCUCAGCAUCAUUAAAGAGGGACGUUCCGUCGUUCUCACCUCACACAGUAUGGAGGAGUGUGAGGCUCUGUGCACUCGCAUGGCCAUCAUGGUCAAUGGCAGGUUCCGCUGCCUGGGGAGUGUUCAGCAUCUAAAGAACAGGUUUGGUGAUGGCUACACGAUCAUCCUGCGCGUAGCAGGUUCCGAGCCUCGUCUGGAGCCGGUGAUGGAGCUGAUCGAGCGUGAGUUACCUGGCAGCAUCCUGAAGGAGAAACACAGGAACAUGCUGCAGUACCAGCUUCCAUCAUCGCUUUCCUCGUUGGCUCGGAUCUUCAGCAUCCUGUCCAAGAACAAAGAGCAGCUCCACAUCGAGGACUACUCCGUCUCACAGACCACACUAGACCAAGUUUUUGUCAAUUUUGCCAAGGACCAAAGUGAUGAGGACCAUGUCAAAGACAUUUCCAUAAACAAGAGCGAUGCUGUGGUGGACUUUUCAAACCUGGACGCUUUCCUUAUGGACGCUAAAGCGCAGGAGACGGUGGUGUGAUCCAUCAGAACCCGACACCAGUGGACGGAUGUUCUGAGAUCCAUUUUUUAAGACUCUAGUUUCAUUUUUAAUAUAUUUUUAGUAUUUUUAGUUAUCUUUUCAGUGGUGUGUGUGCCCAGAAGAGGGUGCUGGACCUCAGACACACUACUGAAACCAAACUCAAUGCAAAUCAAUGCAAAGACGAAAAUCCACUGCGAUGCAGACGAGGUCGAGCCUGGUGCCGCUUCUCCGCAUCACGAUAUUAAUGUGUGUGAAAAAACUUGAAGCUUGAACAGUAUUUUUACAAAGGCUCUUUUUAGGGUUCUACAUGGUUCCACUCAGACACUGCCAGUAAGUCGCAUGAUUCAGGGUUGAACUUCAUCUCUCUUUCCAGCGCAGGACAGAGCCACUCCCGGCAGUUUGGGAUUUCACAUUUUGCAUCAAACAUGUUUUCAAAGUGACAUUUUUAUUUUAUUUUGUUGUCCAGCUGUAGCAGAAAGUUAAGACAUGAGAUUCUCGAGCGCAGAGAACAUCUGAAGUGUUUAGAUGUUGCAUGCUUUACAAACGAGCUACACAGAGAACCAGCGUGUUCUCUAAAGCAUGUUCUUGAGAGUUGUGAUGUUGUGGGUUCUGGUGUCACGUCACUGGUUCAGUUUUUGUAAAGAAAUGUAGAUAAAAGCUAAAAAAAAGAAGACAGGAGAAGGUUCAUAGAUAAAUAUUGUAUAAAUAUCAUGAUGCAUUUUGUGCCAAACUGAGAUCCUGUCAGAAAGUGUACUUUGUGGAGUUUAUUGAAUAUUUUACACCCUUGUAGACUGCACGUGCUGUGGACGGUGAUGUUCGUGCAGUAAUGUUCAACACGUGUGUGUUUCUUGACUUUAAAACCGAGUUUUAAUCUAAACAUUUCUGUACCAGGCUGUGUGUCAUGUUUAAUGUGCAAUCUGUACAACAGCCACAUUCAAAUUUUGAAUUUAGGAUAAAACUCAGGAUUUUAUUCUUUCUGCAUUUCAUAAACUCUUUGCACCCUUCCACUUUUAAUUCCUCAUGCAUCAGUGAUCCUAUAAAACCUGAUGGAUAUUUCAGGCCAUUUGUUUCCAGCCUGAGGUUAAAGCUGUGACCAAAAAAGUGCCACCAACACAUAUUUGGUGCUUUAUGAUUAAAUUCCGUUAUAGUAAAAUUCCCUUAAAUGAAAUGAAAUGAUAUUAAAGAUGAUAUGGAAUAAUAUUUAGAGAGAAGUAACCUGUUUUAUCAUCGGUCCAACAUGGAAGCACUUUAUAACAGUCUCUGCUGAACUGUAGGUUUUUUGUUUUUUUUUUGUCCUGGACAUUUACACUUUUUAAAAUUUCCUAAACAGGACGCUCUUUGUUUAACAGAAGAUUAAAAUGUCUCACCAUGCUCAUUUUUUGUUAAAUUAUGUGUUUACACUUUAAGUAUUAAAAUCUAUAUUAAUAUGUUAUGUCUUUUCUGUACUUAUAUAUGAAUAAAAACAUUUUGUCCUUA